CAUAUCAAUGAUAAGAACAUCAAUCUUCAGGUAACAAUAGCCUCGCAUGAUAUCUUCCAAAUGCGUGACAUGCGUGACGCUGGAGGUGCACUAGGCCCUGUGGAUGGCACGAAUCCACAAUUGCACAAUCUAACAUGCUCGAUGACCUUUGUCGAACCAGACGACGUGAUUUUCAUCACUUCGGAUGGCGUAUCUGAUAACUUCGAUCCGGUGGUUGGGAAGUUCUGUGUUAUCAAGAAAACAGAAUAUGACAAUAAAGAAAAUAACGGCAUUGUUAAGCCUGUUCAAAUGUACAAUGGAAACGACUGGGAAUUCAGCCGUACUCGAGCGUGUAACGCUACAUUGCCGUGUGUAGAUGCCGAACAACGGCAUGAACUGAUGUUGUUGAGGAUGGGUGAUAUCGUUUCGAACGGUAUCCUGCCUCCGUCGGCACUGGUUGUUUCGACCAGUACACUGUGUCAUAAUCUGAUACAGUUCGCCAGACAACUUUCGAUGGCAAAACGACGAACUUUGGAGGAUCCUGAACUGUACAAGAAUGAAAAGCAUCUGACAAAGCAUGAGCAACGUAAUCGUCGACGUAUGGUCAGAGCUAAACUCAGCGAAAUGCCCGGAAAGCUGGAUCAUGCCUCAGUGGUGGCCUUUAAAGUGGGCCUAUGGCCAGUUGACUCGGAAUGCGCUUCCCAGGCAUCCAUGCGGCUAGAGAACGGUAAAUUAUUAGACGCUGUAGUAUUUUUUCUUGUUUUUUCGGUGUGA